CGCGUGCCGGGGGCGGACGCGCGGCGGCGCCCAAUGGGAGCGGGGCGGCGCUGACGGCAGCUCGGCUCCGUACCGAGUCCCGGCGCAGCGCGUCCCGGCGGCCGCAGCUCGGCAGCGCCAUGUCGCGGCUCAGCCCGCAGGAGGAGAACCUGCAGGGUUCCUGGGUAGAACUUCACUUCAGCAGCAAUGGAAACGGCAACGGAAACGGCGCGGCAGCGACGAGCCAAGAACAAGUACCGGCUUCCAUUUCCAUUCACAAUGGCGACAUGGAGAAAAUACUCCUUGAUGCUCAGCACGAAUCUGGAAGAAGCAGCUCCAGAGAAAGCUCGCAUUGCGACAGCCCUCCUCGUUCCCAGACACCUCUGGACAGUCACAGAGCUCUGGAAAUAGAGAGUCAUAGCAGCGGAGAGAAGAACAGCUUUCAGUCCGAAGAGGACUUCCUUGAAAGGAGGAAAGAAGUAGAAAGGCUCCUGAAGAAGAAUGCAGAUUGGAUAUGGGAUUGGUCCAGCAGGCCUGAGAACAUCCCCCCGAAGGAAUUCCUUUUCAAACAUCCCAGGCGCAUAGCUACACUCAGCAUGAGGAACACCAGCGUAAUGAAGAAGGGGGGGAUAUUUUCAGCAGAAUUUUUGAAGGUUUUCCUCCCAUCUCUGCUUCUUUCUCAUUUGCUUGCCAUUGGACUAGGGAUUUACAUUGGAAGACGCCUCACAACCACAGCUUCAAGCAGUACUUUCUGAAGGCACCUGGCACGGUUUCAAAGCAAAGCAAACUGGGAAUACAGGAGGUGAACUGCAGGAACAUCUCUGCUAGCAGCGACUGCAAGAUCAGCGUGCACUUGUUCUGCAAAUGCUGUGUUCCUAGUUUAGUAAGAAUGGGAAAAGACACUAAAGCUAAUGUCUCCUAUGUAAUCUUCUGCAGCAACGCAUAAUGCAUCUGAAUCAUGCUCUAGCAUCUGCUGCUUUGCUUUGUAGUGAAGUAUCUUUGAGAACUCAAAUAAAUAGAUGUUUAAAAACAAAACCUUAGCUUUAGCUGAGUAUCUCGCUGACUCACAGCUGCAGUAUUAGAACACUGUUCCUUUAUACUUCCUAGAUCAGGAUGUUCGUCACUGCUACUGCAAUGCUGACGAUAAGGGAUUAGCCCAGAACAACGCGUGGCCUUAUGUAUCACGGACAGGAAUUCCAGGAAGCUUUCACCUCACCUGCAGCUGUUCCACCUUUCUUUAGGUUUUGCUUAGCUCUCUUUCACUGCUGUGUGAGACGUGAGACAGGCACCUGGAAGACAUUACUCUAUUGGUGAAACUUCCAUCAGUUUUUACUACUUCGGUGUGUGACACGCAACAGCCUGAAAGACAAUCUGGACCGCAGUGCCUAAGAAGUAGUUUCUUCUGCCAAGGCAUUGAUUGAACUCCCCAGCUACGAGGAGUCCUUCUGCCGUACCCUGCAGACUGUUGCUUCUCGGUCUUUUUAUCUGUAAAAUAAAUUUGCAUCUUCUAUUGGCCUCAUCCGUGUAUGAACUUCAAGGAAGGUCUGCUGGUUGGUUUGUACUAACGGAAUGCCUUUUCAUUCAGGAAUUUUAUCUUAUUUAAUGAGGGAAAAAAAAAAAAGAAUGUUUGCCAAAUUAUCAUGUUUUGUAUAUUUCAAUAAAACUGUUCCUCAUCGGUUCA